CCACACCUCCGGAAGGCCGAACGCACGGAGGAGGAGCCGAUGGAGGAGGAAGGAGGGCAGGCCCUGGAAGAGAAGGCAGCGCUCGGCUUCCAGAGGGGCUUCCUAGCCGGGAAGCGCCUGGCCGAGCUUCCCUGGGAGAGUCUUGAAGAGGUCCUGAAAUAUUCAGAGGAUUCCUCUCCAUUUUUGGCUAUCCUGCAGAAGACUGUGCAUCAUCCGCUCUGUUUGAAGUAUCCUCCAUCGGUCCAAUACAGAAGACGCUUCUUAUCCGAGCUGAUCAAAAAGCAUGAAUCUACAAGCACCGAGCCUCUGGAUCAACUCUACGAAGCCCUAGGGGUUGUCCUAAAUUGUGAAGAAACCACACACUGUUACAAGAACUAUUUAUUGCCCUCGGGAGAUGCCAUCACGCUUCGUGAAAACGUGGCGAUCGUUUCACAGGGAACCACGGGUCUCGUCACCUGGGAUGCUGGCCUCUACCUGGCCGAGUGGGCUCUGGAGAAUUCGGAGGUCUUCAGAAACAGAAGAAUUCUGGAAUUGGGGAGUGGGAUUGGAUUGACGGGAAUUGCCGUUUGCAAGACUUGCCAUCCGAGAUGGUACGUCUUCAGCGACCACCACAAGGCUGUCCUUCAACAGCUGUCUGAGAACAUCCAUCUGAACAGUUUGACUUUGGAGCCUGAAUCUUGCAGCCACCGCACAGAAGGAAGCCCAAACCAUCAGGGCCGUCUUGAUGUUAACCUGGAAGGUGACCAUGUCCGAAUAUCAGUAAAAGAACUCGACUGGAAUCUAGUGUCGAAAGACAAGCUUGCAAAAUUGCAAGCCGACGUCAUUCUUGCUGCAGAUGUGGUAUACGAUCCGGAGGUAAGCCAGCACUUAAUUGGUGUCCUGCAAAAAUUUCCCAGGGAUGGCGGGAACAGACAAAAGCCUGAAGUUUACAUUGCCUUCAAUAUCCGAAAUCCAGAUACGUAUCACGACUUCCAAAUGCAACUUGAUAAAGUGGAGAUUGGAUGGGAAACGGUAGCGACCUCUUGGAAGAAUCUUUUUCCAUAUGACCAGCAUGCUAAUAUAGUAAUUUUAAGGCUGCACAUUUAAGGGUUUUCCCCCAAACUCUUGGUUGGAAAGCUUUUUUCCAAAUAUUGAAAAUAACUUCGGCCAUCGUGAGCUGGUUUCAUUCUCAACAUCUUUCCUAGAAGCAUCAAAAUGCCUCUCACAACUACAUUAAAGACUUCUUGUGCUGUAACCAGUGGGUUUACAAGAGUAUUUCUCUCAAUCUUGUCAACUUUAAGAUGCAUGAAUUAUCAACUGCCAGAAUUGCCGUUUCUCAGUUUUAGCAGCUUUAACGUGUGGUCAUGAACUCCCGGAUUUCACUGGUGAAUGGAAGUUGGAAGUCCACACAUAUCUUAAGUUGCCAACAUUGAGAAAGGACUGAUCUACAAGAUACAUUACUAAACCUUUGCGUAUUGUUUACGGAUUUAAAGUUAGCCUGUUGCAAUCUCAGAGUACACUUAUAAUCUAUCCUGUUUAUAUGCUUAUGUGAACUAUGGAACACACAGGCUGUUAUUUUUGUACAAUAAACAUCUGUUUUGAUGUGUUUUUA